GUACUCUCACUUUCUUUUAAAAAAUAAUGGGCUCCCUAUCCGAAAAUUCGUUCACCAACUUUUUUUUCACCCGAAGAAACCGCGGAGGAGGAAUAAGCAGUUACGAGUGCAUGUGGUCUCGCGAUACAAGCCAUGAAACAGGUUAGUCGUUCUCCUCCACACCCUAUUUUGAGGCGCACUUUUAUCUUGCGAGACCGUGAAGCCGCAAACGAGCGUUUGAUGAAAGACUAUUUUGAUCCCACUCCGGUUCACGGGCCCGAUCUUUUUAGACGGCGGUUUAGGAUGAGCCAAAAGUUAUUUUUGCGAAUUAAUGAUGAUUUGGAAGCUAAGCAUGACUACUUUAAGCAAAGAAUGGAUGCAAGAGGAUAUCUAGGGUUCACCUCAAUUCAGAAGGUAACUUCCGCUUUACGUAUACUAGCCUACGGAAACACGUACGACAUCAACGAGUCAACGACGAGUAUUUGAAAAUGGGGAAGAAAACAACACGAGAUAGCGUGGAACAUUUCUGCUUCGGUAUAUGCCAGUUAUAUGAAAAACGUUACUUGAGAAAUCCCACUUGGAACGACCUUCAAAAAAUAUACGAGGUGCCUUUAGAAAAGCAUGGAAUACCCGACAUGAUUGAUAGUUUGGAUUGUCGUCAAUGGCAUUGGUAUAAUUGUCCAACCUCAUGGCGAGGUCAACAUACACGCGGUGACCAGAAAGGACCAACUUUGGUUUUACAAGCGGUUUGGAUUGUCGUCGAAGCUAGGAACUUUGCAGACGGAGGUUUGGAUGAUGGAGAAAACGAAGAGGAAGAAGGAGAGAAUGACGAUGACGACGAAGAUUAA